AUGCUAAGAACGAAUAAACACAUAAAUUCGGCUUAUUCACCAACUGUCUCCGGUUCUAAAGCUACCUAUUUUUUCAAUUUUGGAUCCAACGUUGUCAAGUUCACUGACUCUAACAGUCAGACAGAUCCAAUUGUCAUCUGGAUUCAUGAAACAUGUCUAGAAUGGCUUAAAGAGAAAUUACAACAUUAUUCCAGCGAUGCUCCGGUUCCUAUAUUUCAGGAACCGUCAAAGAUAAUCGUUCAAGAAAUUAUGAGCAAGUUAAGAGGAGCACAUCUAAAUUUGGAUGGCAUUUCUCAAGUGCAAAUCAAUAUUUGUGCCGGUCACGUCUUUUUUAUCCAUAAAAUAAAUGACCGGAUAGAGUAUGAUGGGCAAGAAUUCUUUCAACAGUUGCCCCUUUUCCUCGAAAUUUCAAUAGAGAUUCAAUCAGUGCACCCUGUACUUCGACACUCAUCUUGUCAGGUUGCAGUGGCUCUUGAAAUUUUACAAGAUAAUAAUAAUAACAAUUUACCGGAGUUGUUGACCGAGGAAAUGCCCACAAAUUCGCUGGGAGCUUUAUGGCGCAACAUUGGAACAACAAAUCAUCCUGCACUCCAGCCAUAG